UUGCAAGCGUGCCUCCCCUUCUCUCCAUACGCUCUUUUUGUUGUCUUUUUAGAUUCCGCAUUUAUUCAGCGCUGUCAAUUUCUCGGCCCGAGGGACAGGAUUCGCAACACUCAAUCACAUCAGCAGACCUCAGUAACACAGGACAACAAGAAUGCUUGCCAGAAUCAGACCCGGUAUGAUGAGCAGCGCCGCCCAGCGUCUUCGCAUGUUUGGUAUGCGUCAGUUCAGUGCGGCUACCGUCCGGCGCAGCGACGCGAUCUUUGUGCACCGCGAUACGCCCGAGAACAACCCGAGCAUCCCGUUCGAGUUUUCCUCGACGAACCUCUCGGAGGCGCAGAAGAUCAUGGCAAAGUACCCUCCUCAGUACAAGAAGGCGGCGAUGAUCCCGCUGCUGCAUUUGGCGCAGAAGCAGAACGGCUGGACGUCGCUCUCGGUGAUGAACUACAUUGCGAAGCUGCUUGAGGUGCACCCGAUGCGCGUUUACGAGGUCGCCACUUUCUACACCAUGUUCAACCGCAACCCUGUUGGCAAAUAUUUCCUGCAGGUGUGCACCACCACGCCGUGCGAGCUGUGCGGCGCCUCCAAGAUUGUAUCAAGGUCGGCGGCACUACUCCGGAUAAGCUGUUCACUCUUGUUGAGGUCGAGUGUGCCGGCGCCUGUGUCAAUGCGCCUGUGGUCACCGCAGGUAAGGAAGGUCAAGCGCGGGCCUCUUAAUGGCCGUAUUAACUGCGAGCCGCUUGGCGGACAGACGACCCUGACCACACCGCCGCCUGGCCCGGGCUUCAUGGUCCGUGAGGACCUGUAAUUUUUUACCUUCUUGUCCACCCACACCCGUUCUUUCAGCACAAUCCCAC